AUGCGUGUUCUUCCCUCCCUCCUUCUCUUUUCGGCCCUUUGCCCACCUAUCUCGGCUGUCCCUGCGGGUUCCAGCAUCAACUCCGGUCCACAGCCGCCUCUCCAGCCCAUCAACCUGCUCGCCCUGCCCUCCAACCCGCACCGUCCAUGGACUCGCCUGCGUGACUGGGUCAUUGAAACAGUCUGGGGUCUGCCUCGGUCCUGUCCCAAGCAUACCAGUAUCCCCUCCAACGUGCGCGAUCGCUACGGCAGCGAUGUCGUUCUCCGCUUUCAUCUGCGUCAUCCCGACGACGCGGAGGCACUGGCCUCGGCAUCGAGGGUAUUGGUGCUAGAUGUCUGGGCCAUCACGGCGCAAUAUGUAGAUAUCCGACUCGCCGAAGAUACGAUCCCUUCUCUCCUCGACCUGCUGCCUCCUUCCCUCCGCGCCUCCCAUACACCCCUCAUGGACGACCUGGUCGAUAUGAUCUACAACACUUACCCAAGACACCUACACAUUUCAUCCGACACAGAACCCGAUUUCAGAUCCGGGAGCCGACGGACUGCCACCGCACCGGUCGGCGACGUCUUUUUCCUCGACUAUCAGCCGCUAUCUGUUAUCACGCAAUGGAUGCGUCUGAUGGCCUCAAUGUUUCCCAAGCAUGCCCACUUUACCAGCAUUGGUGUUUCCUACGAGGGGCGUGAUAUUCACGCUCUGCAAGUUGGAGCCUCCCCUUCUCCGUCAGAGCCGACUGGUCCGCGCAAGACCAUCGUCGUCGUGGGCGGCAGCCACGCGCGAGAGUGGAUCAGUACCUCCACGGUUACAUACGUCGCAUACAGCCUUAUCACCCAGUAUGGCCAUUCAGCUGAGGUUACCCGCCUCCUGCACGAGUAUGAAUGGGUAUUGAUCCCAACCCUGAACCCGGAUGGAUACGUCUACUCGUGGGAGUCGGAUCGUCUAUGGCGCAAGAACCGGCAACCUACAGGUCUCCCGCUGUGCCGGGGAGUCGAUCUCGACCGCGCUUGGGACUUCGAGUGGGAUGGCGAGUCGACCCGGUCAAACCCUUGCUCCGAAAAUUACGCAGGUUCAGAGCCAUUCGAGGCGUUGGAGUCCCACCGGCUGGCCCAGUGGGCGCAGAAUGAGACCGAUAGCGGCCGUGCCGAUAUCGUAGGCUUCUUGGACCUUCACUCGUACUCGCAGCAGAUCUUGUAUCCUUACUCGUAUAGCUGCUCCUCUGUACCCCCGACGCUGGAAAGCCUCGAGGAACUGGGUCUUGGUUUGGCCAAGGCUAUUCGCCAGUCUACUCACGAGUCUUACGAUGUGACCUCCGCUUGCGAGGGUAUCCUGCCAAAUGGCGAAGCCGCACAAAUUAGCUCAGGUGGCAGCGCUCUCGACUGGUUCUAUCACAAGCUGCAUGCUACGUACUCGUUCCAGAUCAAGCUGCGGGAUCGUGGGUCCUACGGCUUCUUGCUGCCACCAGAGCACAUUGUCCCCACGGGCCGGGAGAUCUUCCACGCGGUGUUGACGUUUGGCAGAUUCGUCUGGGGUGAGAAGAUCGUAGAACAUGACGAUGACAUCCCAGCCAUCAAGCCUCCGUUUAAUUUCGAACAGAAGCCGCUGUCAAUGAAGUAG